AUCCACCUUUAGCUUUCAGUCAUCUUCCAUAAGUCAAUCGAAAACAUGAUUCUCAAAGACUUCACAACAGUAUCCCUUCUUGUCUGUUUGUUUCUGAAUGGAGGACAUGGGGCUUCAUUUUCGAAUGUUUUCGUUCAAAGCAAGCCCGUGGAAUUUGUGAAAUAUGCUCCCGCACCUUCUAUCAUCAGUCCAGAACUGGCUCAAAUAUCUGCUGCACCAGUAGACCCAUUUGUUCAAUUGGAACCAGUACAAGGAAUUGUUUCUCCUUGUGUGGCUCCUUGCGUGAUACCAGGGGCACCCAUUGCAGCAAUACCUCCACAAUCCAGAGCAAACAUUAUAGCGUAUAAAACACCAGUUUCUAAUGUUCCUGUUGUAUAUACGAAUAAUGAUGACGCUGCAAGUUACCAAUACUCUUAUGCAGUAUAUGAUGAGAACACAGGCGAUCAAAAAUCACAAACUGAAAAAAGCGAUGGGUCUGUGGUUCAAGGACAAUAUUCACUGAUUGAGCCGAACGGAUCCAGACGUGAAGUGACUUACACUGCCGACGAUACAAAAGGAUUUAAAGCUGUCGUACGAAAUUUUACACCUAAGACUCCAGAAGGUUCUGAUACUGAAAAUAAAGACUCCAGUCCACCUUGCAAUGAAGUAAAGAGUGAGCAAAUAAAGGAGGAACCGAAAGACGAUGGAGCAGAAAGUCAAUCCAAAGAAGUUGAAAACAACAAUCAAGAAGAAAUCACAAGUGAUAUUGAAACCACUCCCGGAAACACUUCAAAUACCGAAGAACUAACUACAGAACAAACUACAAAAGGGGAAACACCGGAUAUAUCUGAUUCUAACAAUGUUAUAUCCUAUAGCGAUAUAAUAAAAUGUCUCCAAGGGAAACUUCGUGGACCAAACGUUGAUUUUCAACCUCGUAGUAAUCCGUCUCCUUUAACAUAUAUUCUCUUGCCCACAUUAACCAGUAAACCAUGUAUCGUAGCAUUCGGCGCUUUGGUGGCGGCAGCCAACGCCGGUCUUCUGGCCGGACACGGCGGGCUCGUGACUUCCCAGAGUGUGGUGCACCACGGUGGUUACGCCGCAGCUCCUCUUGCCCACGCUGCUCCUCUUGCCCACGCCGCUCCUCUUGCCCACGCCGCUGUGCCCAUUGCCCACGCUGCCCCCGUUGCCUACACCUCCGGACACGACUACUACUCGCACCCUAAAUACGACUACACUUACUCCGUGGCUGACCCUCACACCGGUGACCACAAGUCCCAGCACGAGAUCCGCGACGGAGACGCCGUGCACGGUUCCUACUCUCUGCUCCAGCCCGAUGGUUCCGUACGCACCGUUGACUACACCGCCAAUGACCACACCGGUUUCAACGCUGUAGUGCACAACACCGCUCCCGCUUUAAACCAUACACACAAAAUGUUCAGCAAAAUCGUAGCUUUCGGCGCUUUGGUAGCGGCCGCAAAUGCAGGUCUUCUAGGACAUGGUCAUGGAGCAGCAGUGUCCUCGCAAAGCAUAGUGCGUCAUGACGCCGGACACGGUUACGCACCUAUUGCCCACGCUGCGGUGCCCGUUGCCCACGCUGUGCAAUACGCGCCAGUUGCCCACUAUGCCGCCCCUGCUGCCGCAUACGACGGACAUGACUACUAUGCUCACCCCAAAUACGACUACACUUACUCCGUGGCUGACCCUCACACCGGUGACCACAAGUCCCAGCACGAGAUCCGCGACGGAGACGCCGUGCAUGGUUCCUACUCUCUGCUCCAGCCUGAUGGCUCCGUGCGCACCGUUGAUUACACCGCCAAUGACCACACUGGUUUCAACGCCGUGGUACACAACUCCGCCCCCGCCGUGCACCCCGCGCCCGCUCAUGGUUACCAUCAUUACUGAUUUAAAUGAAGAAAAAAUGGGGACGCCCGAUUAAUUUAUUCUGCUGUGUUAAUAUCAAUGUAAAUAGUGUAAAAUUAAAUAAUAUCUAA